AUGAUUGACGCGCACGUGGUCGCGGACGAGAUUACGCGAGAGAGUCGGGCGUUCCAGCGACAGGUGGACGGUCCAAGGGGCGUCAUGGCGUAUCUCGACUCGAGGGGAGAAGCGGACCGAUGUGAACAAAACGUUUUUGCUUCGCACUAUUCGCAGCUUGAUGAAGAGGUUGUGUGGAUUACGAGUGUCGAUCCAGUGGAAGGAGUCGGAGUAAAAGUAAGCCGAGUCCAGAUGAAGAGGCGAGACGUGAGAAGAAGCGACGACGCAGUAGAGUUAGAAGUCGGAGUCGGAGCAAACGAUGGCAAGAGGAUCGGAGGUCACCCAGACAGAAGCCACGGCUCAAGUGAGAAGGUCCACAAUGACAGACGAGAAGACAGAGAUGAACGCAGUUACUGGGCGCAGAAGAAGGCUGAGAAAAGUACGAAGAUUUGGGAAGAUUUAUACUCGAAAGGCACUGUGUCCACGGAGAACGCCCCUGCCUUUGGUAGUGAGUCGGAAUCUAGCGACGAUGACGUGAAACCGGCAGCCGCACAUUCGUCGUCAGUGUCUGAGCAUAAAAGGAAGAAGCAGAUGAAAAUGAUCAAGAAACGUGAUGGAAAGAAAGACAAGAAAGCGAAAAGACGAUGA